ACGGCCAAUGAGGUAAAAGCGGGGCGGAGAACAGUCGACGAUUGUACUACGGGCAGUUGCCUACUGCAAACAGCUGUGGAAGCGUCUGCUUUGUACACGCGUUUCGCUGAGCUGGUCAAUGGAUUACAGUUUCCCUACAAGUGCAACAUCAACUGGCUGUCUUCCCGAAACACUUGUACCAGGGUUACAGUUUGGAGUUACAGAUGAAGUCUACAGAAGUGGACCAAGGGCUUUUCACAGACACCUACUGCAAAGUGUGCAGCGCUCAGCUCAUCUCCGAGUCCCAGAGGAUCGCCCACUACGAGAGUCGGAAACAUGCCAAUAAAGUACGACUGUAUUACAUGCUACAUCCCGUGGAUGGAGGCUGCCCAGCUAAGAAACUCAGAACAGACAAUGGAAGUGAGGAGGGAGAUGUGGACAAGAACAAGUGCUGCACGCUGUGUAACAUGUCCUUCACCUCAGCAGUGGUGGCACAGUCACAUUACCAAGGCAAAAUCCACGCCAAGAGACUAAAGCUGCUGCUGGGGGAGCAGCCUGCCAUCACAGCCAAAGAGGUGCCGCCCAGUCCGGUGAAAAGUUCCUUGGAAACUACCCCGGUGACCUCUCCUCGGCAGCGCAGGGACUCAGACCGCUACUGCCAGUUAUGCAACGCCUGGUUCAACAACCCAGGCAUGGCGCAGCAGCACUACGACGGCAAGAAGCACAAUAAAAACGCAGCUCGCGCUGUCCUCCUGGAACAGCUGGGCAAGACCCUGGACAUGGGAGAGAUGAAAGGUCUGAAACGUAGCUAUACGUGUGAAGUCUGCAAUGUCACACUCAACUCUGUGGCACAGUACCAUGCACAUCUGCAGGGCUCAAAGCACCAAAACAACCUGAAGAAUCAGAUAUGUGUCCAGUGAAUCUUGAAGAACAAAAUAAACCAUUGGAUUGAUGUCAGACAAGCUGUGGUCAGCUUGCCCUGCUUUUUCUGUCUCUGCUCUGCUUUCUCUCUCUACCACACACACACUCUCUACCACACACACACACACACACACACACACACACACACACACACACACACACACACACACACACACACACACACACUUUCUCUCUCUCUGUCUCUCUCUAUGUCUCUCUCCAUGGCCCUGCUGGCAUACAGUAGGAGAACAAGGGGUUUUGUAAUGCUCCAUCUCCACAGCAUCUCUCUCACCUGUCAACGUAAAGCUUCUGCAGAACUCUUCUCAUUUUGGCCGUGUGAUCAUCAACAUUCCACACUAACAGAUUUUCAGUAUGUUUAAAGACAAUGGUCCAACAGCAUAAAAGUUGAUCGGGAAAAAGGGACGGUCCCCUCAAUGCAUGAUGAAACAAACAACCUGCAACUUCAUGCUAACUAUGCUUUUUGCUUUAGCUGUGUUAGAGAGAGGAAUACUCUGUGGCAUUUUGACUUGAGGAAUAUAGUUUUUUGUAGUUUCUUUACCUCUGAAACAGAAAAUGUAUAAGAUAACUUAUAUGUAGGUAAUAUAUUGUUUUUAGAUUUUAUUUGAGUAAUUUAUUUAAACAAUUGUAUUUGGAUUGCCAUCAGAAUUAUUUUUUUCUUCAGAAUAAUGUAUAACAUUAUAAUAAUGAUUUAAUGAUUGGGUCUACAGUAUGCUACAGUAUGUAUUACCAUACAAUCUUACAAUAACAUAAUAUCCCUGGUGGACAUAGGGUUUUGUUGGCAAUAAUAAUGACAGCUUAAGAAAUGCCUUUGAACAUAAUAUAUAUUUUUAAAUUUUUGGAAUUGAUCUUUCUGUGUCCCUAGCCGUUUUGGAAGGAGAAUCUAGAUAGGGAUCUAUAUUGUCAGUGUUCCAGGUCUCAACAUGUGUUCUCUGUUCCUCCAUGUGGUUUUGAGGUUCAUAUGUGGUCUUCAUCUCAGGGAGGUCCCAUUGAUUACUAUUGUUCAGAAUCAUGAUUCAGAUUCAUGAACUGUUUUAAAAUGUUACUACGUUCGUGUUCACUGAAUUCAUUCCAAAAAAGCCUUUUAGAAUGUGUAAGUAAUACAGCCAAUUACAGUAAAUUUGAAUCAAACCAUGUUAUUCUGUAAUGGUGUGAAACAUUGCUGUUAUGAUGAUGAUGAUGUCUUAUUCAGAGAUGGAGAGUAUUUAAAAAGCAAUCCAACUUUAAUAUACAACCUUAUUACAACAUUCUGUAGCAACUCUUUCAUUCUAGUAUGUUAUUCGAACAUCAAAGCUACGUUAUGACAGUGGUUCCUGUUGCCAUAGCAGGUGUUUUCGUAGAAAUGUCUAUUUGUUCUUACUGUUGUGGACUAAACAGUUUAUUGGUAAUUGGGAAAGCAGAUGCAUCUUUAUACAGAUAUAAGUUAUUUAUUUUCCUGUCAGUACAGUGCAGUCAGUGUCUGUCGACAGCAAAGAUGUGUUUGAUCAAUAGCCUUGAUAAAUGUGUUCAAAUGUAUUUUUGUGCUAAUUUAUAAAUAACUGAUCUGUUUGUUUUGAAAGUACCAUUGUCUGGAAUUGUUACACCAGUUGAAACCAAGCCUUUUUAGAUGUUUUGAUAAGACUUCAACUGUUUUUAUUUACUGCUUACUCAACAACAAAACACCAAAGCAUGUUCAUGGGCAUUAGAGAGAUGGAGAGAGAAACUCACAAACAUACAACAAAUAAUUCUGAACUGAACACCAACUGAAGCUGGCUCAACUGAGAGCCAUCCGCCUUGUGAGAUGCCACAGGCAAAAAAACAAACAUAAUGUACAAAGUGUUUUUACUAUUACAAGCAACUUAAGAUGUACUCUGUGCACGAAUGAUUUACUAAUUAAUGCAACUCUGCGAUCCACUGAAUUGCUUUGCUCAACCCAAGUCAUAACGUUACAUUCUGCCCAACUUUUGCAUUGGAUCUAGUGUCUCUCCCUCGAUCUCCAGAGGAAUACCACAUCUCAUACACCCUACUCACUUUGUGCGCUCUCUGGGUUAUGUACUAUCCUGUGUCUGAAAAAUAAUAAAAAGACACU